GCCGAUCGAUGGUAGCCACAUCCACCUCAGCCAUCGAAGGAAAUUUUCUCUGUUUCAUCGUCCACUUCUUCAUCAUGUACUCCUUGAUCGCGAUUUUCCUCGUAGCCGUUCUGUCAAUGGCGACCGCGGCACCAUCGGGUUACCUGGGCUACGGCGCCGCAUUAGCCGGCCCGGUUUUAGGCCCUGCGACUCUCACUGGACCCGCUAACGGACCAUCCGCACUAGCUGGGCCGGUGGUCGGACCUGCGCGCCUUUCCGGGGCUGUCGAUGGCGGUGCCGUCGUUACUGGGGCAGUUGCUGGACCGUCGGUCGUUUCCGGUAGCGUCGCCGGACACACGGCGGUGGUUGGCCCAGCUCUUGGCUACGCGGCGCCAGCCUUUGCAUUGCCUGCAGCUUAUGGAGCGAUACUUGCUGGUCCUGCUGUAGGUCCAGCAGCUAUCGCCGGACCAAUCGCAGCUCCAGCCUUGAUCGCUGGUCCAUCUGGUAGCAUCACUGCUGGACACGCCGGAUUAGGCGGUGUUAUUCGUGGAUAUGCUGGAUAUUAGGACACUGGUAAAAUACAUAAAGGACCCUCUCACGCGACUGAUCUCUUCGAUACUCGCCAACUCAAUCACAUCGCGAUCUUCGUCAUUCAGCGUAAUUCUUCGUUUCUUAUCUGUUACGUGUACAUAACAUAAUUUCGUAUAUACAUUGUUACAUAUAAUAAUAAUGAUAAUAAAUGCACUUCUGGAA